UUAGUGUUGCUUCUUACGCCAUUGAGCCAUUUCCCUUUUUUCAGCAGCACUAGUCCUGUGUUUGUGUCUAGCCAAUGAUGUUGUGUUCUGUUUUCCUCUGACUUGUAUGGUUUAGUUCCAAAAGGUUAUGAUUGCUAGCAAUCAGAAUCAGAGCUUGUUUUUCUCUGUGUUGUGGAAUUAAAGAUUCUUCCAUUAGCAAAAACACCGUGACUAGUUGCCGAGGGUAUAUGGUAUAUCUUCUUGUGGACUACAAGGAUCCCUUCUUCUUUUUUCCUUUCUUCUUUUCCGCUUUUGGGAUAGAAUGAAGGCGCGGUUUGGCAGAGAGGUAUAAAGCAAAAGCUGCAAGUGGGAAUUGUUCGAAUUUUCUUUUUGGAUGUUGAAAAGAAAACAAGGGUAGUUGAAGGUGAAGAAGAAGAAGAAGAAGAAGAAGUGUAGUGUGUGAAGUGAGUGAUGGAGGGUGGUGGAAGAGAAGGUUAUAAUGGAGUCAUCAUGACGAUGACACGAGACCCGAAGCCGAGGCUACGGUGGACGGCAGAUCUCCAUGACCGGUUUGUGGAUGCAGUCACAAAGCUUGGUGGCCCCGAUAAGGCGACUCCCAAGUCUGUUCUGAGGUUAAUGGGCUUGAAAGGGCUGACACUAUAUCAUUUGAAGAGCCAUUUACAGAAGUAUAGACUUGGACAGCAGGCUCAAAAACAAAAUGAGGAAGUGCACAAAGAGAAUAGUAGAUGUUCGUAUGUAAAUUUUAGUAAUCGUUCUUUGGCACCAAACACCAGUUACAGAGGUGACGAUGAAGGGGGAGAAAUCCCAAUAGCAGAAGCAUUGAGGUGUCAGAUUGAAGUUCAAAAGAGAUUGGAAGAGCAGCUAAAGGUACAGAAGAAAUUGCAGAUGAGAAUAGAGGCACAAGGGAAGUAUUUGCAAUCGGUGUUAGAGAAAGCCCAGAGGAGCCUUUCCCUGGAUGGACCAGGCAGUCUUGAAGCAUCCAGAGCUGAGUUGACUGAAUUCAACUCUGCUUUGUCAAAUUUCAUGGAAAAUAUGAAUAAAGAUAGCAAACAAAACAUAAUAGAAGUGAAUAAUUUUUAUAGUAAGAGCCAUGGCUCAGCUUUCUAUAAUCAGGAAGUAGGAAGAGAACAAAAUAGGGACCAAAAGCCAAAGGUUGAAGGGGGUUCUAUACAAUUUGACUUAAACAUCAAAGGUAGCAAUGACCUUGUAUCUGCAGGUGGGGCUGAAAUGGAUGCCAAUAUGGUUUCAUCAUAUAGGGUAUAAAUUUUUUGACUUGUCAUAUGUUUGACCAUUGGAUUGAAUAAUGAUAUAUAACCCCUUCCCUAGUUAUUCUCAAUAA